AUGGUCUCAACAACACUCACCCCCACUACCGCACAACCAAGUUCAUCUUCAUCCUCUUCACCCUUGAAGGUCAAAUCAAAAUCACUGUCAGCUGUACCUGUUACUGUUACCUCGCCGACGAGUAAAGUAUCCAACUUUCUCGAUAACUCUUCCGACGAAGAUGAUGAAGAUGAAGAUACGAUCGUACGGUCAAAGCUGAGGAUCAAUGGUGAUAAGACCAAAAAGAGGAAAUUCGAUAAUAUCACUAAUGGUCAUAACACCUCUUCACCCAAAAAGUCAGGAGCGGAGGGAGGGUCUUCAGCUGAAAUUAGAAGGAAAGAAGCCGAGAGGUUGUUUCAGAAGAGGAAAGAGUUACCUUUCUAUCAAGGUCGAAGAGAGAUUUUGGAAGAGAUCAUGAAUAAUGAUACUACCAUUAUUCUGGGAGAAACAGGAUGCGGGAAAUCCACACAACUACCUCAACUUCUGCGAUCUCAUCCCAUAAGUGAAUCACACUAUCCAACGAAGAAAGGACCAAAGAUAGUGAUCACUCAACCUCGACGACUGCCUGCGAUAGCCCUUGCGAAUCGGGUGGCAGCUGAGAUGGGUUGUGUGGUAGGUGAAGAAGUGGGUUAUAGCGUAAGGUUCGAAGAGAUGGUCAGUAGAGAGACGGGGGUCAGGUAUUGUACGGAAGGAGUUUUGAUGAGAGAACUGGCCAACCCCGAUCCCUCGUCAUCAAAUCCCAAUGAACAAAAUCUCAACCUCUUACUGAAAUACGAUAUAAUCAUUAUUGACGAAGCACACGAACGUACCCUCAAUACAGAUUUCCUAUGUGGUGCAUUGAAGAAAGUCCAGCGAAUACGUAAAGAUCUCGUUGCCAAGCAAGAUGCGAAAGGAAAGGGAGGAGCAGCUACAGGGGAAAUUAGAGAACUGAAAUUGGUUAUAAUGAGUGCUACGUUGGAUCCAGGUAAAUUCCAGAGAUUCUUCCAAACUGGACGGGAUGCCUUGCUAGUGAAAGGAAGGAUGUAUGAUGUUCUCACUCAGCACACUACGAAUCCCGUAGAUGAUUUUAUAGAAGCUGCUGCCAGACAGGUCAUGAACAUACAUUGUAAUCCGAAUCAUGAUGGGGAUGUGUUGGUAUUCAUGCCUGGUUCCGACGAGAUUGAGAAUUGUGUUGAACUGCUGAGAAGAGCUGGUAAACAAUUACCAGAGGGACAUAAACAGAUACAAGUUCUCCCCCUCUACGCUGCGCUCCCACCGACAGCUCAAGCAAAGAUAUUCUCUACACCGCCGAAAAAUACAAGACGAGUGAUAGUCGCUACGAAUAUAGCUGAAACCUCUAUGACUAUCCCCGGUGUUUCGUUUGUGGUUGAUACAGGAUACAAGAAAGAGAAGGAAUAUAUUUUUAGGAGAUCUGGAUCUAUCGAACAGCUCAAAAGGAAGGAAAUCAGUCAGGCUGCCGCGUGGCAGAGGACCGGUCGAGCUGGACGAGAGCGCGAUGGUCAUUGUUAUCGACUCUUCUCCAAGGAACUUUUCGAAAAGAUGCCCGAAUUUGAUGCACCUGAGAUCCAACGGUGCAACCUCUCGUCGGCGGUUUUGCAAUUGAUAGCGAUGGGUCAAAAUCCUUUCGAAUUCGAAUAUAUUGAUAAUCCCGGAAGGGAUAACAUCGCUGCUGCUUUCCAAGAAUUAGCAGGUCUCGGUGCACUCUCUGGACCUACGGAAAUCACGGAGCUGGGUAGAGAGAUGCUGAAGUACCCUUUAGAUCCACCACAUGCUAGAAUCCUCAUCGCGUCAUUUGAGAAUGGAUGUGCCAACGAGAUUAUCGAUAUUCUAUCGAUUGUCAAUGCGGGCGGGACGGUAUUUGUGGAUAGACCAAACGAGAGGGAAGAAGCGUCUAAUGCGAGAGCCAAGUUCGUUCAUAGGGAUGGAGAUCAUAUGACGGCGUUGAAGGUGUUUAGGGACUUUUUGGAGAUUAAAAAUUCUUCUUCUGGCCCUAGACUGAGAAACAACAAAGGAGGCCAGAGUGUGGUGGGAUGGUGUAAGGAUAACUUUGUCAAUCACAAGACACUCAACCAAGCUAUCAAGAUCAGAGAUCAACUUAGAGAAUUAUCGACAAGGUAUGGAAAAGAUUGGAAGGUGUCUACAACAUCUACGAAUGGAGAUGAUAGUUCGCCGAUACUGCGGAGCUUGUUAAUGGGUUUAUUCAUGAAUUCAGCGGUUAUUCAGGCGGAUGGAAGUUAUAGGCAGACUGCUGGAAGUUUGACUGUCAAGAUACAUCCUUCGAGUGUAUUGAUGAGUAAGAAAGUUCCUGCGAUCUUGUAUGAUGAAUUGACUGUCACUUCAUCAUUCUACGCUAGGAACGUAUCGUCGUUCGAACAGCAUUGGUUGACUGAGUUACCCAUAUUUGCUAAAUCGGCGAAAAGAGUCGCUGUUCCAGUUGGAAAGGGGCAGCUGUGA